CACCCCGCGCACCCCGCCGACCCCAUCAAGCUAGGCGCGGGCAGCUUCCCCCUGGACCAGUGGCUUCGCGCGUCCACCGCGGGCAUGAUCCUACCCAAGAUGCCGGACUUCAACUCCCAGGCACAGUCGAGCCUCCUGGGAAAGUGUCGCCGGCCACGCACAGCCUUCACCAGCCAGCAGUUGCUGGAGCUCGAGCACCAGUUCAAGCUCAACAAGUACCUGUCGAGGCCCAAGCGCUUCGAGGUGGCCACCUCGCUCAUGCUCACGGAGACCCAGGUUAAGAUCUGGUUCCAGAACCGGCGGAUGAAAUGGAAACGCAGCAAGAAGGCCAAGGAGCAGGCAGCACAGGAGGCUGAGAAGCAGAAGGGUGGCCCGGGUGUGGGCAAGGAGGACAAGGGUGAGGAGGAGCUGCUGGGGCCGCCCACGCUUGGAGAUAAGAGCAGUGGCCGCCGUCUACGGGACUUGAGGGACAGUGACCCUGAGGAGGAAGAGGACGAGGAGGACGAAGACCCGUUUCCCUACAGCAACGGUGCAGGUGCACUGGCUGCCUCCUCUGACUGCUCCUCAGAGGAGGAGUGUCCCCCACCGCCACAGUAGGGUCCCCGCUGGCCACUGGGCCACCCGAGGGACAGCUAGGCAGCCGGUGGGUUCACGCCUGGACUGGCACUUUCUUAGUUUCAGGCGGUGCUGGCGGGAGGCUUGGAGGGAAGCACCAAGCUCCUCCGGCCCUGCGCCCCUUCUUCCGCACAGGCUGGCUGAAGAUGCGACAGUGUUAAGUGACCUCUGAAACUUGAAACCUCUCUGGAAAUGCCAUUCUGCAGUAAAAAAGAGAAAAGGGUUUUAGGCUUCUGUAUCUUAGGGGGAAAAACAUUAUGUCAUGAGCAUUCAAACUGCUGGAAAUCUCAAAACUGUACUGUCUUUAUUUUUGUAUAUUGUAUUUAUAUAUAAAGAAAGAAACGUCUACUUAUGCAUGCUAAAUUAUUAUUUAGCU